GGGCUUCCGGCAAGAGCCGAACCCGUAUCCUGGAGCGGGCUGGUUGCAAUGGCGAUUUUUAGUGUGUAUGUGGUAAACAAAGCUGGCGGCCUAAUUUACCAGUUGGACAGCUACACACCUCGAGCUGAGGCUGAGAAAACCUUCAGUUACCCACUCGAUCUACUGCUCAAGCUCCACGAUGAGCGUGUGCUGGUUGCCUUCGGCCAGCGCGACGGCAUCCGGGUGGGCCAUGCUGUGCUGGCCAUCAAUGGCAUGGACGUGAACGGCAAGUACACGGCUGACGGGAAAGAGGUGCUGGACUACCUGGGCAACCCUGCGAAUUAUCCGGUGUCGAUUCGAUUCGGCCGGCCCCGCCUGACCUCCAAUGAGAAACUCAUGCUAGCCUCCAUGUUCCACUCGCUCUUUGCCAUCGGCUCCCAGCUAUCUCCUGAACAGGGCAGCUCAGGCAUUGAGAUGCUAGAGACAGACACAUUCAAACUGCACUGCUUCCAGACGUUGACAGGGAUCAAGUUUGUGGUACUGGCAGACCCUAGGCAAGCUGGAAUCGAUUCUCUUCUCCGAAAGAUUUAUGAAAUUUACUCGGACUUUGCCCUCAAAAAUCCAUUCUACUCCCUGGAAAUGCCCAUCAGGUGUGAACUGUUUGACCAGAACCUGAAGCUAGCCCUGGAGGUGGCAGAAAAGGCUGGGACUUUCGGACCUGGGUCAUAGACUCAACCUGCAAUGGACCCCAAAAUUCUGAGAUCCUACAGCAGGAACCCUGCUGUCUCUACUCCAGUGGGGAGCCUGUCAGCUUUGUUAGUGCACCUGAAAAUAGGUGGAUGCUGAGGCGGAUGAUAUAUACUGAUUCCUGAAUCUUACUACCGUGUUUUUCUCCGCCCUGUAUAUAUCUUGGUCCUACUUCCCAACUCUUUGUAGACUUAUUUAUGGAGGAAGUAGGCCCAGAAAUGUAAUAAACAUUCCUUUGAUCUCAU